GCCAACUGGGCAAGCGCGUGAGCUAGGAGCGAUGGUUGCCGUGCCAGCGCUCGCACGGCCCGCCGGUUUGUUUACUUAAACAAGGGCACCCCCCGCCCAGAACCCAUAUGUUAGGACACCAAACCUCAACUCUACACACUCUUGGGCACGCACUCUGUCAAGCAACGCAAACCCACACAAGAACCAAAAAUCCACUCUCAAGACAAACAAACAAACAAACACACACAAACACACACACACACACAUACAUGACCACAAGACGUUCUCAGGAACCCACACCUCUCACACAUCUAUCACUUGUCACCUCUGUUAAGUCGGUCCAGAUGGCUACUCCUUCAGUAUCGACACCGCUCAAGUCCCACACCGGGCUGUUCUCAUCCCGCACUGCUGGCGGUCGGCUGCCGCUCACGCCGUCGCCCCGGUCACGCACAACAACAUCGAUGCCUGUGAACCUGCAGUCAUCGCCCUUCACACCAGAGCGCACCAGUCAGCCAGAAGCACACCGACCGGCGCACAAGUCAGUCUACGGCGGAAACCUCACGGCACAUCUCGCUAGAUCAAGCGCCAAGUCAAGGCAGCCUCAGCAGAACUCGCCCAAGUCCAACAUCGCUCGCUCCACGGCCACGCCUAGAAAGGCACUCGAGCUCGGGGUAUCCGACUUCACCCUGACUGGAACCGGCAAGUACUACCAGUGCAAGUCCCCUGCCGGCGCAAAGACCAAGGCCACCGCCACCAAGUCCGCCUCAUCCAAGUCGGCCACUACAAAGCCGGUCCCGACCAAGUCAAGAUCCAAGCAGCCCAAGGCGGUUCCCACCCACGCCGCCGACCGCUUCAUCCCCAACCGCGGUGCUAGCUCGGCCAUCGUUAACACCGGCUCUGGCAAGCCUGACGGGCCGUCCAAGAAGAAGAAGGUCCACCUCGGCUCAGACUCAUCCGCCAUCCUGUCCGCCGCUGCUGACGACGCUAUCGCCGCCCUGGAGGGCCUGAACUUUGACAACGACGCCGACACUUCCUCGGAGGAUGUCGCGCGCCCCUCGCCCAACACCGUGGCAUACCAGGACUCCCUCGCCAACGCUUGUGGCGUUAGCAUCAACACACGCAUCCUCGAGUUCAAGCCUGCUGCACCCGAGUCCUCCAGGCCUGUCGACCUCCGCAAGCAGUACAAUCGACCCAUCAAGCCAGCCAAUGCCGCCCAGUUCCGCCGUCGCAUUGCCACAGGUCCUGACCGCGUCUUGGAUGCACCUGGCCUCAUCGACGACUACUAUCUCAACCUUCUCGACUGGAGCUCCGGCAACCAGGUCGCCAUCGGCCUCGAGCGCAACGUCUACAUCUGGUCCGCCGCCGAGGGCAGUGUCAGCUGCCUUCUCGAGUCCAGCCCCGAUACUUACAUCAGCAGCGUCAAGUGGUCCGGCGAUGGCGCCUAUGUCGGCGUAGGCCUUGGUUCCGGGGAAAUCCAAAUCUGGGACGUCACCGAGGGCGCUAAAGUCCGCAGCAUGUUUGGUCACGACACUCGCGUUGGCGUCAUGGGCUGGGACAAGCACCUGCUCUCAUCUGGCGCACGAAGCGGCCUGGUCUUCAACCACGACGUCCGCAUCGCAGAGCACAAGGUCGCCGAGCUCGUUUCUCACACCUCGGAGGUCUGCGGCCUGGAGUGGCGCUCUGAUGGCCAACAACUCGCCACCGGCGGCAAUGACAACCUCGUUUCCAUCUGGGAUGCUCGUUCGCUCUCUGUACCCAAAUUCACCAAGACCAACCACAAGGCUGCCGUCAAGGCUCUUUCCUGGUGCCCCUGGAACUCCAACCUGCUCGCCACCGGGGGUGGUUCUUACGACCGCCACAUCCACUUCUGGAACACCACCUCUGGAGCUCGGGUGAACAGCAUCGACACGGGCUCUCAAGUCACCAGCCUGCGCUGGAGCCCCCAUCACCGCGAAAUUGUCAGCUCAAGCGGCUUCCCUGACAACUCUCUCACCAUCUGGAGUUACCCCAACCUUGUGCGCAACAUCGACAUCCCUGCCCACGAGAGCCGAGUGCUACACAGCUGCCUCAGCCCUGACGGACAGACGCUCGCAACAGCAGCCGCAGAUGAGAGUUUGAAGUUCUGGAAGCUUUUUGAGAAGAAGCCUAGUGCGACUGGGUUUUCUGGUGCUGGCUCCUCCAGCAAGGCCGCCAUGGUCAAGCAGAUGACGAUCCGUUGAAGUGAGAAGAUUGCAUGAUUGGAAGAAAAAUAAAACAUGAAUGGAUGCAGAAUAGAUUGAUGCAGAAUGGAUGGAUGAAGAGUGGAUGGAUGAAGAAAGGCACGUACGAAUAUGGGGGUGGAAGGAGGUGAAAGGCCUUCGAACACCAUAUAAAAGGAUGCUGUAUUGGGAAGUGACUCACCAGGAGCUAUUGAAUCAAGGUCUAUUCGCCGCUACAGUUUGCGGGUUUCCCACCGCGAAUCAAUUUGAGUCCUUCUCAUUGGCAAGCCUGCCAAGCAGGGGCACUGGCAUGCCUGCAGAUGGCUUAGAGCCCGGACUUUUGGAUGCCUCUCGAGAGGAUGUCUGCCGCGAUUGGACUCGCGGACACUCGCCGAUCCAGUGCGGCUGUAAUGGAUGUGGCCAGAAAGAUUAUGAUUUGUCAAAAGUAGGGCACUGGGGUCCCGGAGUCAAAGGAGUCAUGGGGGGGGGCAGGUGUCAUUGCUCAUGGUUUUCAUGGACUGGCGUUUUUCCCGGCCUGGUGCUGGUGUUGAAUCGGUGGAAUCAACCUAAAGGGAAUCACUGCUUCAGUCAUUGCAGUGUAUACAAAUGUAUUGAAUAAUAAUACAGGACUUUUUCCAUCUCA